GUUGCAACGUAGCACAGUGUUAAUAUAAUGCCUGUUGUCGAGUAUGUAAGAGAUCAUAAGAGAUCGGUCACGCGAAAUUGCUGCUGCAAUAACAAGCAAGAAUCUUUUUUUUAUCGAACCUAUGUAAGUUAUUGUUAAAUCUUGUUCGUGGAUACUGACUAUAAAUUCAAAAUGAAGUCCAGUAUUUUUGUUUUUCUCUUAAUUUCUAUUUUCUGUGGUUGCCAAUGCUCUCCGUAUGUUGAUUUAUCAUGGAUAAAUACGAUGGUGGAAAAUAUAAAUCGACAAGUUCAGGAUAAUGUGCAACAAGCCCAACAACAUAUUGACAGAACUGUAAAUGAACAAUUGUCUAAAGUAGAUCGAUUGAUUGAUCAAGUUAGAUCUAUACCUAUGUCGACAAAUGGACAAACAGUUAUAGUUAACAAUUCCAAUAAUGUGAGCAGAAGUAUUUUCUCUGGGACUGGACUUGAUGGGAAACCUUAUUAUCGUGAUAUUGAAGAUAAGAUUGUCAAUAAUAUUCAAUAUCGAACUAUUCAUAAUUAUAAUGCUACUACUGAUAAGAUGGAAACAUUUCAGUUUACUAGAGAUUUAACUGAUCCUCAUGCUCCGUUUGUUCCAGUGCAUAAUGUUAAACAGAAAUAGAAGUUAGAAUUCUUGAUGGAAAACAUAAGAUGUCUGAUUUGAAUAAACAAUAAAUACUCUUUGGUCUGCAUUUAUUUGCUGCAUAAGAACUAGACUAUUUUAUA